AAAUUUCGUGUGCCAAAUGUGUCAAAUUUUGACACAUUUCGGUAAAUGAAUAUUUAAAUAGUACAACUUUUUGUUGGUGUUAGAAUCAAGAUAAAUUAUUAUCACUAAAAAUUUCUAGGCAUAUGAAUCCUUUUAAAACGUGUGUGUGACUUAUUGGCAUAAAAUUUUUGAAAUAUUGUAUGAUAAGAAAAUAUUUCCUAACAGGUAUCAAAUUAAAUUUGGAUAACCACAUCAAUUUUUUGUGGAUACACAAAUAUUUAAAUCCACACGCUCAACAAAUACCGAGAAUAAGCAUGGAUCUGAAUCCAGGAAAGAAAUGGGAAUAUUCAAAGUGCUCAAAAACGUUUAAAACCAAUGACAAGUUGACUACACACAUGGUCACUCACGAGCCCGAUGCCAAGGUCAAAUGUGAGGUUUGCGGUAAAACUUACAAAGACAGGCGUGCCUUAUCUUUCCACAUGUCGAGACUUCAUACUAACCGGAAGCGACCGAAAUGUGACACUUGUCACCGGGUGUUUUUCGAUUCGAAAAAGUUACGCCGACAUAUUAACACCAUUCACAGCACGAAGGAACGAUCUCGAUUCCCAUGUACGUUUCCUGGAUGUGAGAAAACCUACCUAAACAAAAGUGAUGUUGUGAAACACGUGAAAACUGAACAUGCCGAAAAUCCCGUCCAAUUUCCGUGCACGCUUUGCGGAUACGAGUUUAAAACGAGGGAUAGCCUUGAGCGACACAUUCUCAGCCACACGACGGAGAAGACGUAUAAUUGUGCCACUUGUGGGAGAAGUUUCGCCCAGAAGGGAACCAUGAAGCGUCACGAAAUGACGCACCUGGACAAAUUUGUCCGAGACGUGUUACAGUGCGACCUCUGUCCUCAGACCUUCUUAACUAAAAAUGGCCUGCAAGGCCACAUCCGAGUUGCACAUGAAAAUCGGAGGAAUUAUCCGUGCGCAUUUUGUGACAAGAGAUUCUCCAAGUCAGCAAAUUUGAGAAGUCACGUGGAGGCGAUACAUGUCACGAAUAAAGAGCGGAUCCACUCCUGCGACAAAUGCGAGUACAGGAGCCACUCGAAACACAAUUUGACCAGGCACAGAAUGCGUCACGAUGCAGCGAGAUAUGGAUGUUACUUCUGUGGGAAGAAAUUCGUCACUUCUCACGAAUUGGUCAGACAUUGUCGAGUUCAUACUUUAGAAAAGUUACGUGUGUGAUGGGCAUAGCCAAGAUUACUAAACUUUUUAGCUUGUAGCUUGUUUCCGUGGAGUGAAUUAGGAAUGUAUUAGGAUUAUGUAAUUAGGACAUUACAUAAUUUUAAUAAAUUCACUCCACGGAAACAAGCUAAAAAGUUUAGGAAUCUUGGGGCAUACCAAUAAUUUGUGAAUUUUUAUUAAAUUUGCGACAUUGGGCAAAAUGUAAAAAUAAUAAUUACAAAUAACAAUUUUCACUUGUCUUUAUAAUCCGCUCAUUUUUAAUCACUUUGCGACUUUAGGAUUUUAUUUAAAUACAUAAAAGGACACAAUUUUACAGUGCAGGACGUCACCAAUUUAUUAUAAAUAUAUACUCCAGACUUCCACAAUUUUUGAAGGAGGAGAGAGGCCACUUUAAUAAACUUCAUAAUUUGAAGAUAUAUAUUAUAUAUAUCUUCAAAUUAUAUAUAAUAUAUAUACAUUCAGUUGUUUUCACUACAUAUGUACGCAUGUACCAAUUUUGAAUAUAUCAUGAUAAAAUACAUAUGUAGAUAAGUAAUAAACUUCUAUUUAUAAUGCAGGA